GACAACGCUUUGUCAUCUGCAUACCCAUAAUGCACGCGCUUAAUCGAUAUCGACGAUAAUCUUUUUAGGAAAUCAACGCGUCAUCUCUCAGAUGCCGCUCCUCAGCAUUCCACCGGGUUAUUAUGCGCAUGAGAAAGCAGUUGUCUCACUUCUCAUGACUAAACUCACCUCGCUCGCGCGGCAUGAUCGGAAUCCGUGACGCGGCCCUGUACCUGCGCUCGCGCGAGGACCGUGACAACAGGUGAUCCUGGAGAGUCUGAGAGCAGCGUCAGUCAGUGGCGCUUUUGAGUUCAGCUGUUUAACUCAACGGAGAGUUGGCAUGUUUAUGGUUGCGCUGUUUGACGAGGAAUCAACCCUGUAAACACGGACAGACAUCGCUGCUAUGGCAAAUUCCCCGAAGCCAAAUGUAACACUGAAGGCAGAGAAAGAGAUCAGAGAGGAGAAAGAUGGAGCUAAAGAAAUGGAUGAGCCUGCAGAGGAUGAAGAGGAUGAAGAGGAGAGGAAGGCACGGGCCACAGCCAGAGAGAGAGACGCUCAGAGGCAGCUCAUGACGAUAGAGGAGCUGGUGCAGACUGAGAGGAACUACCUGAAACAUCUGCAGCUCUGUACAGUCACCAUCCACAGCAACCUGCAGAAACUACAGCCUCCUCCCCCAAACCUGGAGAUCAUGUUCCAGCACAUAGAUGAAGUGAUGGAUGUUUCCAGCAGACUCCUGAGCCUCCUCGACCAGACACAGAUUCAUCACAGCGAUCCGAAGUACCUGGAAACUCUCUGUGACUCUUUCCUGAGUCUGUCUCAAGAUAUAGAGAUGGCUUAUAAAGAGUAUCUCGCCAACUACAACAACAUCACGGCUUUAGAGAACAGCUACAAACAGAAAGAGGCGCUGUGGGCGGAAAUGGUCCGAAUCGUCAAGUCAUCUGCUCCUGAUGUGAAUGCAUCCACUCUGAGCUUCUUCCUAGUGAUGCCGGUUCAGAGAAUCGCCCGUUACCCGCUGCUGCUCCAGACCAUCCAGAAACACACAGACCCCGGGCACCCCGCGUACCCCUUACUGGAGCACGCUGCUCACACUGCAGUCCAGAUCAACUGCAGGAUCAAUGAAUACAAACGCUUCCGUGAAGUCGCUGACAAAUACAAAAAGACAGAAAACCUGACCAUCAAGGACAAGAUCAAUCGGCUGAGUGCCCACAGCAUUGCCAAGAAGACGGCCCGGUUCAGCCAGUACAUAAAGCACGAGACAGGAAUGGUGCCAAAGUUAAAGGAUGAAGAAUUUGAAGCCCUAGCUGGCUUCUUCUUUGUCCUGGAGAGCGGCGUCUCAGAGCUUCACGAUAACCUGGAGGCCUAUCUCCACCAUCUGCAGAGGUUCCUCCGCUGCAGACCAGAGGAAGCAGAUCUUGAUCUGGAAGGAGAUAAAACCGCCUUGUUUUCCAAAGAAAUCUCAGUGGCACUCAGACAGUGGAUCUACCCUUCAUAUGAGGAGCGUUUGAAGACUUUAGUCUUUAAGCCCUUGAGCUCACUGCGGGAACUGAUGGCAGGACCACGUAACCUCAUCUGCAAACGUCAGGACAAACUUCUGGACUAUGAGCUUAUCGAGGAGAAGAGUAACCUGAGCUUUGAGGAGCAAGCCAUAGCGAACACCUACAAGACCAUGAACACUCUCCUGCUGACCGAGCUGCCGCAGUUCAACGGAAAAGCCCUGCAGAUCCUGUGGGCAUCACUAGAGGCCUUCAGCGCCCUUCAGAGAGACCUGGCGGCUGAUAUGGAGCAGCUGGCCACCAGCUUCACCCAUCAGCUCACACACAGUCUUCUGGAGGACGGGGAGUUCUGGAAGUGGGCAGAGACUUCGGUGCUGGAGGGUUCGAGGAGGAUGGAGAGCCUGUGUCAGAGUGUUCAGUGUGUACUCGAUGCUCCCAUUGUGCAGGCGCUCAAUCCCGAGUGUGAGAGCCGUCUCAAGGCUCUGACCACCAAACACGGCUCGGAGAAGAUCUACCAGCUGACAGGUCCUGUGGUGGGCACCCGUGACCUUGACCUGACCCUCAGCAAGGGAGAGCUGGUAGCUGUGGUCAGUGAGAUGGACACGCGAGGAGACCGACGCCGCUGGCUGGUGGAUGCAGGAGGCCCAAGAGGUUAUGUGCCUGCCUUAAAACUGGUACGCUACCACCAGAUAACCACUGACCGGCCGCAGUCUCCUCAUCUGAGGGUCACACCCACCGCUCCAGGACCCCGGAGGCACUCCUACACACCCGGAGCCCAGCCGCUCACACACACAAUAACCACGCCCUGCUUCCAGGUGUAUGCGGGCUAUGACUUCACUGCGAGGAGCGCUCACGAGGUUUCUCUGCGGGCCGGAGAGCAGGUGCGGGUGGUGGAGCCUCACGAUAAGCGUGGAAACAAGGACUGGAGUCUGGUGGAGGCGCGUGGCCAGAGAGGAUACGUCCCCUCUAACUACCUCAGCAUCCUGCCCUCUGAGAUCGCCUCACCCAGCUUCCAUUAUCGCUAGAAUAUCCAUCAACUCCUGCCAGUAUCCAAACACUUUCCCUGAAGGGCUCUGCACUCGUGAGGGCGAUGGCUGUUUUGGUUUGGUGUAUGUUCUGGAGUGGUGCUUGGGCCCUGCUGUGAAGUGCUCGUCCAUAUACUUGAUCUCCGCUUUGCCCGGGGUUGUUACUGCUGGAGACGGUUUUAUCCAAUCAGAGAAGAGCUGCAGGGCCAGCAGACAUGCUGUCGUAGCACAUGGCUGCUGGUGGAGUGUGCUGUUUCCUACAAUUACUGCUUGAUCCAGCUGUCCACUGGAAUUACUCUUUUGGCAGGACUGCUAUUGAAGAAAUGGAGAAUAUCUGGGUUUUUAAUGCUGGAUCUCAUUUUAUGAGUCGGACCUCUUUUGCACUGGUUUCCAGUCUACAUGAGAUAACUAACAUGCAGAUUUGAAGACAAGAUCUUUCAAAAACAUUCUCACAAAAUUCCUACUUGUGCACCAUUUGAAUAAUACUUGUUGGUUUUAGUUAUUACAUUUUUUACAGUGGAUCUAACAAGUAUUUGGGACACUUGAGAUAUGCUUAAAAUGUAUGAAUGUCAUUGAUGCAUAGAUUGCAAAAUAUCAAUUAAAUAUCAAGUGACAUUUAUUAUUAUUUAUUUUUUAACGCUCCAACGUAUUUUUAAAGCAGAAUUUUUCACAAUAAAAAGUUUGAAAAAUUAAAAAUGAUAGACUGAUAGAAUGUAGGCAAAAACAAUAUAAUGUCAAUAGCAACCGAUAUUAGAUUUUCUUUUUUAUGUUUGAUUUAAUACGUUUUGGAAGACUUUUAUUUUGACAGUGAUGAAACACCAUGCUGCUAUGCCAUAUUCAUGUCAUAUUGAUUGUGCACUUUAUUUUUAAUUAGCAUUAGCUGGUCUUUAUUUGAUAAAAUAGGACUCCAAGUACACACAAACUUUUAAGAUUGCUGAGUGCACUGUUGGUUACAGUGUACAGUACUGUAAUACAGUAUUAAGUAGUUGCAAUAUGAAGAAUAAAUCUUAUUUUACAGAUUUAUUUUACAGA